AUGUCUUCUUCAGUUUUAGACCAAUUAAAACAAAUUUCAAUUAUUGUUGCUGAUACAGGAGAUUUUCAUUCAAUAGAAAUAUUUAAACCAACCGAUUCAACAACAAAUCCUUCUCUAAUUUUGGCAGCAACAAAAGACGAAAAAUACAAACAUUUAAUUGAUCUAGCAAUAAAUUAUGCAAAAGAAAAAUCUGUUGGAAAUGCUUCUAAAGAAAUUAUUUUGUCUUUGGCGAUGGAUAAAUUACUUUCUUUUAAUGUAAAUGCUUCAAUUGAAAAAGCUUUAAAUUUUAUUCGUUUAUAUGAGGAAGAAGGAAUUUCUAAAGAAAGAAUUCUUAUCAAACUUGCUUCGACUUGGGAAGGAAUUCAGGCGGCAAAAAUUUUGGAGUCUCAACACGGCAUUCAUUGCAAUAUGACUCUUUUAUUUAAUUUUUAUCAGGCUGUUGCUUGUGCUCAGGCAAAGGUUACUCUUGUUUCUCCUUUUGUAGGCCGUAUUUUGGAUUGGUAUUUAAAAAAUACAACAGAACAGAAUUUUACUAGACAAACAGAUCCUGGGGUUUUAAGUGUUACAAAAAUAUAUAAUUAUUACAAAUAUUUUGGACAUGAAACACAAGUAAUGGCUGCUUCUUUUCGAAAUACUGAACAAAUUAAAGGAUUGGCUGGUUGUGAUCUUUUGACGAUUAGGUAAGGGGGGUUUUUUCUUUAAAAGGAUUUUCAGACUUUUUACAUUGAGAAAUAAAGAAUUUAUUUUAAAAAUUUCGGAAAAUCAUUUCAAAAAUCGAAAUUCCGGGCUUUAUCUGAAAGGAGGUGCGGGAUCAUAUUUUUUCUCCUUCCUUACACUAGUCAGGUACCUUUCAUUAAUGUGAAAAAAAUGUUCAGUCUUUACCUCACCCUUAAUUUUCCCUGUGGCCGCACCUCCUUUUCAGAUAUAGCCGAAAUUCCUAUUUUUCUAAAAUUUUCUCAUUUUUAUAUUUGUUGCGUCCUCCCUUUUUUAUUUU